AUGGUGGUGUCGGGGGAACUGAAGAUGCGCCUGGUUGAGUACGGCAAGUUCAAGAUCGUCAUCAUGGACGCUCCAUGCGAUGAGAAUUCACACCUGUAUGUUCAGGAGCUCCAAGCGUGUGGAGUGACUGAUGUCGUACGAACUUGCGAACCAACGUAUUCACCCGAGCUUUUUGAGAAAGUGGGCAUUAAGGUCCACGAAAUGACUUUUCCGGAUGGCGCUGCUCCUCCCGAGGAGCUGGGGGAGCUGGGGGAAGUGUCAGCCACAGACCUGCGUGGAAGAAAUCCAAUCGACUCCUAG